AUGAGUACUUCUAAAGAGAUCAGACAGUUACAGAAGGCUAAAAGCAAAGCCCAGAGUACCAAUAAUUUGAAAGAGGAGGCCAGUCUCUGCAAUCAACUAGGAGAGGCGCUUGCCCGAACUGGGGAUUACCACGCAGCUAUUGAAGAACAUCGGCAGGAGUUGGCUUUGUCAGAAGUGUUGCAUGAUGUGAUUGGCUGUGCAAUAGCCAAUCGUAAAAUUGGAGAGUGCUAUGCUGAACUUGGAAACAUAGAGGCUGCCCUGAAGCACCAGAGACGUCAUCUGGACCUAGCUCGUUCUGUUAACGAUGUAACUGAAGAGCAAAGAGCUUUGGCCACCAUUGGUCGGACAUAUCUCUUCCUGUACGACAGCGACCAAUCAAAAGAGAGCCUGAGACAAGCUGAGGAUGCCUUUAGGAAAAGCCUGGUCAUAUUGGAUGAACGUCUAGAAGGUACAGUGUCACCACGGGAGGUGAGCGAGAUGAGGGCACGUCUCCUCCUGAAUUUGGGCUAUGUGUAUGAUGGACUGAAGGAGCCUCAGCGCUGCAAUGACUUCAUCCGACAGAGCAUUUUCAUAGCAGAGAAGAACAACCUAUUUGAGGAUCUGUACCGUGCCAACUUCAAUCUCGGCGAGAUCAGUUUCAAACAGGGGCAGCAUUCUCGCGCCAUCCGCUGCUUUGAACAGGCCAAAGAGUCCGCUCGGAAGUUGAAGGAGAAAUUCAGCGAGAGCGAGUGUUUCCACAGAAUCGGCAGGGUGCUGCUGUCUCUAGGCGACUUUGCGGCAGCUCGGCGUUCCUUGAAGAAAUCGUAUGCUCUUGGUUCUCAGCUCCCUGCUGAGCGGGCAAUGGUGAAGAGAGAUUUUAAACACGCAAUACAAGGUUGUCAGCUGGAAGAGGCAGGGUCAGAGGUGACUGACAGGCUGUCCCAUGAGGCCAUGGGGCUGGCAGAGCAGCUUGGUGACCUCUACUGUAAAGUGGGCUGCUACAGUAAAGCUCUGGAGGCUUAUCAAACACAGCUGUCCUGUGCCAAGGCUUUGGGGAAACCCGCUCGAGAGGUGGCUGUUAUCCACGUGUCCCUCGCUGCCACACACACAGACCUGAGGCAGUACGACAAAGCCGUCGGGCAUUACAGACAAGAGCUGCAGCUGAGAAAGGGCAAUCCCAAAGAGGAGUGUGAGACGUGGCUGAACAUUGCUGUGUGUUUGGAGGAGAGUGGCCAGUCCAUAGAGGAGUUGGACAAGUGCUACGGCAGCGCCCUUAAAUGUGCCGAAACAGCAAAACAGGCUAAACUACAGCGGCGCGUCUUGAGGGCAUGGUUAUCAGCCCAGCGUCGCGGAGGUUCAUCUCAGAGCGAUAACACAGAGGCCAGGCUCCAGGAGCUGUGUGCGGCGGAGGGCCGAAGCCCUGAUGACAGCGAGGAAGAGGACGAGGAGGAAGAAGAGCCGAACAGCGAACCUUUAGAGGACAGCGACAUUCAGCUGUCUGACUCUGAUGAUGAUCUGGAGGGUUAUGACAAAAUCGUAAGCGGCCGCAGGAAGACAGGCAGGUGGAAUAGACGGAAUGAGAAGGGGGAGACUUGUCUCCACAGGGCGUGUAUUGAUGGGAAUAUGAGGCAGGUUCAGUACCUAGUGGAUCAGGGACACCCAGUGAACCCCCGAGAUUACUGUGGCUGGACACCUCUCCAUGAGGCUUGUAACCAUGGCCAUCGAGAGAUUGUCGCCUUCUUGCUGGAGCGAGGGGCGAAUAUUAAUGAUCCAGGGGGCCCACACUGUGAGGGCAUUACCCCUCUCCACGAUGCCCUGAGCUGCGGGCAUUUCAGCGUUGCACAGCUACUGGUGGAGAGAGGAGCUUCAGUUACUGUCCGUAAUGGCAGGGGUGAAACUCCUCUGGACAAUUUGCGUCAUUGGUUUCGGACGUACAGUCGGAACCUGGACCAGCAAACCCGGCAGGAGUGUAUGGAUACGGAGAAACUGCUGAGGAGAGCCCUAGCUGGAGGAGUAACUGUCACGCCAGUCACACUCCGACCGCUGGAGGCGCUGCAGGACAGUCAGCUGUUUGACGCUGAGUGCUCAGAGCCUUUGCUGGAACAGGAGGGGCAGCGCCGGUGCCCCCAGAGUACUUUGCCCCAAAACAGGAGCCCCCCAGCGAGUGCGACUGCCCCCGGACAGAGAAGCUCAGCCGGACCGGGCCACAGACGGAGAGGGACAGAGAAGGAUAUCCUCUAUGGGGAUGACAGCAGCUCCUCUGAACACUCUGACUCUGACUGCUCUAUCAGCCCACUGCGACCUGUUCGUCCCAGACAACGUUUCCCAGCAAUCCCAAGUCCAAAGGAAGUCCCCACCAGCCAGGAAGUAACCUCAGCUCACGGGGGUCGUGAAGUUGCAGAACCUCCUCAGCAUGUGUCUGGUAGGGAGGAGUACCAGCGAGCCAUGCAGAGUCUUGGUAGUGCCAAGUCCCGCCUCCUCUCUCAGACCCUAUCAGAGCCAGCGUUUAGCAGCACGCCAGCAGUGUCCACCAAUGUCAAGACAGCUCUGGUCCCAGAGGAGGAGUACCUGGCAGACGACUGGCUGGAGGACGAUUUGGUGGAGGUUCAACCUAAGAAGAAACGGAAAGUCGGGUCAGAACAAAGCGGGAGACAGGAGAGUUUGACGUUAUCCAGAAAUCAGAGUUACACUUCUGUUACAUCUGAACCUACUCCCAGAGUUCAGUCUUCGUCCAGCAGGCUGUCCCUGAGGAAGGGCGCGUCUAAACCUCGGCAGGUGAAGAUGAGUCAGCUCCCUGGUAUGGUCAUGCUGGGCAGAAGAGAGGUCAGCAGGCCACAGAGUCCGACCGUCGCCAGUGAUGACGACCCUCUGCAGUCUACACCUCCCCAGCCUUACAGUACUCAGACUACACAGAAUGUGACUGCUUCCAUGCCUGCUCCAAUAAGGAUGCGGGUCAGAGUCCAGGACAAUAUUUUCCUGAUUCCCGUGCCUCACAGUGAGGCAGACACCUGCACUGUAUCCUGGUUGUGUGAACAGGCAGCUCAGCGUUACUACCAGACCUGUGGUUUGCUGCCGCGCCUUUCUUUACAGAAGGAGGGCGCUCUUCUGUCUCCUCACGACCUGCUGCUUGCUGUCUUACACACCAACGAAGAGGUUCUUGCUGAGGUGUGCUCAUGGGAUCUGCCUCCUCUUCCUGAGAGAUACAGAAAAGCCUGUCAGAGUCUUAGUGUGGGGGAGGACAUGCGUGUGUCUCGGUUGUGUGAAGUUCAGGAUGGCAGCUCCUCCGUGUCUGUCUGUGGACUCAGUUUGGCUCCCAGCUCUCUGACCCCCCUCUUACGGGCCCUUAAACUACAGGCCAGCCUCACCGAACUCCGGCUCUCUGGGAACCGUCUCCACGACGACCUCCUGCCUGAGCUGCUCGCCGCCGCGACCACUAUGCCCCGCCUGCGCCUGCUGGAUAUCUCAGCCAAUCGGAUUACAGGAGAAGGCCUCAAGAAAGCAGCUGACUCUUUAGAAGGGAGGAGUCAACCUGCAUUUCCAUGUCUGGAGGAGUUAAAUAUGAGUAUGAAUCCACUGGGCGAUGGCUGGUCUCAGGCCUUGGCUAGUGUGCUGUCGUCCUGUCCUCUUCUGGCUGCUCUGUCUCUACAGGCCUGUGGCAUCACCGCACGAUUCCUUCAGCAGCACCGUCUGCUUCUGGCCAGUGCACUGACUGGUACAGGACACCUGAGAUCUGUGAACUUGUCCCAUAAUGCCUUGGGCUCGACAGGAUUUGAGCUGGUGGUGAAAACAUUGCCUCUCCACUGCCUCACACACCUUCACCUCUCCGCUGUGUUUAAAGGCCCUGCUGACCAGCCCACGCUGGAGCUCCUCACCUCACAUCUGGCCCAGGGGGAGUGCUCCCUCACACACUUGAGUCUUGCUGGGAAUGGACUGACAGACCACAGUGUUGCUUCUCUCUCCAGGUUCCUCCCUGUCUGUCCCUCACUAGUGUCUCUGGAUUUAUCGGGCAACCCAGCUGUGACCUCAGCUGGCCUCAACAGCCUUCUCAGUGGACUGAGGGAGUCCUGUCGGACCUUAACACUUCUCAACCUUCAAGGUUGUCAGGUGUCAGGGCCAUGGGAUGGGGUGUGUCUGGAUGAUCUAUCCAAACGAGUUCUGGACUUACGUCUCUGCUCCCAGAGGCUGAAUAAACUGGAUCAAAGUGCUUUGCAGCAGAGUUGGAGAGGACAUGGAGAGGGAGCCCGCGUCCUUUGCCGCGGUGCCAAAUGCCUGCUGCGUGCUGCCUCUGUCUCCCAGUGA